AGUUCCCCAAAAGCCGUAAAGAUGCUACAACAAGCGUUUUUUCUUCGUACACGUGAAUGGAGGAACCAGAAGAAAAUAUAGCGACGAGGGAAGCGGAAGGGUACAAGAGCGGUGCCGUGUGCCGUGCGUUUCGAUAAGGACGACGUUGACGCGACGGAAGGCGGGAAGAAGCAUUCCCUUGUUUAUUCGUCUUCGGUGUGGAGCACAAUGGUUAUCUGCAAAUUUUAUCGGCAAGGCAAUUGUCGUUACGGACAAUAUUGCCAGUACGAGCACAUAAAUCAUUUCGGCAAUACCAAGAACGAGGAUGAUAUCAUUAUCUUGGUGGCCAAGGAGGUGCUUCUUGCCGAGCGAGGCGGACAGUGGUUGUUGUCGUGCUUUGCGCCGCUCAAAGAACGUCCCUGUAUCCCGGAUAUGGAGGAUUUGUCCCCUGAGGAAGUUCGAUGGGAGAUAUAUCACGCACAGAAGAACGGCAUGGUCGAACAGGCGAAACUACACUAUCAACAAUUGUGCCAAGACAUGAAGGCAAAAAGAGAGAUGCUGAAAAAUCCCUCGCGAGAGACAAUCUCAGUGCUGAAAAAACUGUUGGGAAGUGGCCAAAAAGCUCCUCAUCUGAACCUAGUCAAUAACACGCCGACCAAUAACGUAUUUGGAAACACAUCAUUCGGCGUGCAAAGUAAUAAUCCAUUUGGCGGAGGUGGAUUUACCUCGUCGAGUAACGCAUCGUCGAUAUUCGGAAAGUCUAAUAGCAAUAAUAAUACAACGUCCGUAUUUGGCGGUGCGACGAACUUCGGAAACAAUAUCGGCGGAUUUGGUACUGCGACGAGCGGUGCUGGCUCUAUUUUCGGAACACCGAGCACCUCGACGUCCUUCAGCGGCGUACAGAACAGCGCGCCGACGUUUGGAACGCCUCAAAACAAUCCAGUCUUCGGCGGAACGUCUCAAAAUGUGUUCGGUCAAAACAGCAAUGUAUUCGGCGGGACGGCCCAGCUCGGCAACGCGCCCACCACCUCGCUGUUCAACAAUCCGACGUCGCAGGCGAACACUUCGCUGUUCGGUGGGGCGACGACCACCGCCCCCAGCUUGUUCGGCGGCUCCGCCGCUGGAUUACAGACAAACUCGGUCUUCGGCGUCUCCACCUCGUCAUCGUCCGGCUCUUUCAACGGCGGGGUAUUCACUCAGCCGAAAUCGCAGGUGCCUGCGUUCGGCGGAGCGCCCGUUUUCGCAGGGGUAACUCCUAACUAUGCCAACAAUCCCGCUGGCAACGCGAUGUUCGGCGGCGGUCAAACAUUCGGCGCUCCCGCGAUAUCCACGAGCGGUGUCUUCGGCGGAUCCACGGUCACCGUUACGCCGGGUUUUGGCGCGGCAGCCGCCAUCACAACGCCGGCUUUCGGUACGUCCGUUGUAUCCACGACGCCAGGUUUCGGUGGAUCCGUCGCUACCACGACGCCUUUUGAUCUGAAUCAACAGCCCAGCAAUAAUACCACCUUCGGGACGACGGUAUCCGCUCCGAAUGUCUUUGGUGCACAAAACACCGAUCCCACCAUGCCGGUAGGCACUAUGUCGUUUGGCGCGCCAGCUGUCGCGAUCAGCGGCCCGUUCGUCACCACUAGCUCGCAGCAAUUCGAUUCUACAAGCGUGAGCUCGGCGCCGUUUGCCGGCACGGGAUUCGGCGUGGCCGUUCCGAGUACAAAUAGCACGUUUGGCACCACAGAGACAGCUUCCAAUUCGAUAUUCGCAAACGCAGGAACUACCUUUGCAACCUCCAACGGAACCGUUCCAAACCCGUCGCUGUUUCCCACACCGACAUUCGGCAAUGUCAACACUUCCUCUCCGUUCGGUCCGAACGUUGGCACAACUCUUACGUCAACGGCCGCAAACCCAUUUGCACCGCGGAUGCAACAAGGCGGUUCACCGUUUGGAAGAAUCGCGCAAAAUCAGUCUAACAUCAACGCUUCUCCGUUUGGAAAAUCACCGUUCAACACCACUGCAACCAGCACCGUCAUCGAUGAUACUAUUUAUAGUGUGGAUAGUGCAUUAACGGACGAUGAAAAGAAUAUGUUCUUGGCUGAAGAAUUUAUUAUCGGCAAAAUACCACUCAAGCCUCCUACUAAAGAUUUAAGCUGACUGGAUGCCAUUUGCGGACUUAUAGUGAUAUGUAUUUAAAUAUACGCUCUGUGAUAAUGACACUUUACUUUCUACUGUCUGUAAAUAUCCAAAUCUUUAUACGACUGAAGUACCUAAUCAGGUUCUUAAUAUAGAUCAUGUUUAUGUAACUAAA